AUGCGUUGAUGAUGAAGGGUUAUUCGUUGACAACGCGAUGCAGCAACAAUCACGAAGCCAUAACAAUUUCAAAAUUGAAAAUAUUAAAAAUUCAAAUGGACUAUCGUUCGGUGCCCCACCGCUGCCACCUGCUGCUUCAUCAGUACUACCACAAGCAACGUCAUCCAGCGCACUACCCCCUCCGACUUCGUUAAGCGAUAGCCAGUUAAUGCCUCCGCCAUGUCUACCCCUGCAACGGACCAUCAUAUCGCCUCAUCCGUCAACUAUUCUUAGUCCAGCGGCCACUCAGCUCCAGCAACUCCAGCAACAGCACCAACAUCAACAGCAAUUUAUGCCCAUUCAAUCCAUACCUGUGCCAUCAUCCGCACUCACGACGCCGUCAUCACUAAUUUCUGUGCCUAUUCCCUCUGUGUCGCUGCCAGCAGUUUCCGUCCCCACUGCAGACUCCAUUCCUGUUCCGCUCCAAACGUCCGUCUCAUCUGAACAAUCUGCACCACUUUCAGAAUCUGUACCUGUACCCACGGUGUCAGUAUCUGAACCUACUGAAGCUGUACCUGCUGUAUCUGUACCGGUAUCUGUAUCUGAACCUACUGUACCUGUACCUAUACCUACCGUACCCGAACCUGUACCUGUAUCGGUUCCAUCAGGUUCCCCUCCCCAACCAACAUCACCACCACCAGCACAAACCACAACAAAUGUAAUAACGCCACUAGUUGAAUCUUCUCCACUACCUCCUACAGCAUCAUUAACGCAAUCUCCAACAACGAAUAAUGAAACUGAAACAAAUACUGUUGAUUCUUAUAAU